AUGCCAGCAACACGUUCUAAACGUCGCAAAUUAUGCGCGCAUCAUAAUGAUUCAAAACGUCAACGAGCCGCCAGUCCAUCACAAGGAUUAGAUGAGGAACUUGAGAAACAAGUUUUACGCACGGCAUUAGAAAGAACUCUCAAUAUUUCAACAGAUCCGGACUCCACCAAAAAACAACUGUUUGAUCUUUACAAGCGCAAUCUGCACAAGCUAUCACCAGUAUCGACAGCUAUGUGUACGUCACAACUAUCUCAAAUGAUAGCGCCAGCAACAACAUUACCAUCGUCAUCUGCACCUCUAGACCCAACACAAGCGAAUGAUCUAUUACAGCAAUUGUCGACGAAUUAUGAGUAA